CCUUUCAAACACUACCCCAAUUCAUGGAACCCUUCUCAGCAGGAGAAAAAAGGCACCUCCUUCACUUCUUAUACUAACAUCUUUCUUUUCUACAGAUAAAUAUAAUCUUUACAAACUUCAAGUUAGAGAAGGAAAGAAUGAUCUUAUAUUAAAACAUAGUUGAAAGUACAUUUAUCAGAUUUACUUCAAAAUAUUGGUCAUCGGCAUCAUAGAUUUACUCUUGCACGUUAAGUAAAGCUGCAUUCCAUUAGCACAGAAUACGUCUGCAAGGAGCGUAAGUUUCACCAAAGCAAAAUAUUCUUGAACCACCAGCUAAGUAAAUGCAUUGCAGACAUGUCUUUAUCCUUUCCUCCGUUCCCUCUCUCCCCUACUCUUUUCCUCCCUGACAACCUAUUAGACAGUCAUCAGCCAACCAAAUAUUUUUGCUACAAUUCUCAUCUCAUCUAUAUUCGCCAGAUAAUGGCUUCUGCCUCCCUUCAAACUCCAGCUCUCAGCUCAAAACUCGGUCAGAAUAUCAAUAAUGGGUCAUUUCGACCAACCUGUGCUCGCCGCACCUUCGUUGCUCUUAAACCAGAGAAAUGGCCUCAUCAUAAACACAAGGGAAGAGCAGCAUAUUUGAAGAGGACUAACAUAUGGAGACCACCCUGUGUCAGAAGAUUAAUGGGACCAGAGGAGCCUCAUUCUCUGAAGAAUUCCACAGACUCACCUCUAUCUGAUGCAAUUCUCGAAUUCUACUCAUCUAUCAAUGACAAGGACCUCAAAAAAUUAGAGCGGCUCAUCUCCGAUGACUGUGUCUUCGAGGAUUUGACAUACUUUAAACCACUAGAAGGAAAGAGGAUCCGCCGCUACUUCAAAGAACUGACAGGAGCCAUGGGAAAACAUGUGAGUUUCGUCAUUGAUGGGGUGUUUGAAGGGAAGGAGCUAAAUGUUGCAGUAACAUGGCAUCUAGAAUGGAAGAAUGAGUUCAUCCCCCUCAGCAAAGGCUGCAGCUUCUAUAAAUGCUCAAAGAAAGGAGAGGAGCUGAUUAUCAAGGAAGCUCGUGUCUUCACCGAGCCACCAAUGAAAAUAGGUGAUCUUGCACUGGAAAUGAUGAAGAUAAUUAUUUCACUAUUCGACAAGUUUCCUAAAUUGGCUCAGACUUUCCUGCGCAAGCCUGAUGCAAUAGUUCAUUUCUUCAUGAGGAUUUACAAGAUGCUUGUAGAGCCUCUGAUCCUUCCAUUUUUGGUGUACUACACCAAUUUUUGGAGAUAUGUGGCUCGAGGGCUUGGUUACGUGCUCAACUUACUAAAGAAAAUUCUAAAGCACUUUCUGUGAAUGCCAUGCAAGAGUUUUUCGUUAGCUGUCAUCUCCAUUGCUGCUUGACAUUUCCAGUAAUGAGAGAACAACAAAUGCGCCAAGAACAGGUGGCAAAGGUGGCUUGUGAAAGGCUAUCAGUAGCUCAACAUUGUUAUUUGUUACUUGGCCUGCUUCUCCAGGCAUCAUUCUUUUCAUGCUUAUUCGGAUUUGAAAUUGUCAUGAAUCUUCUUCAUACAGUGUCUUUAGUCAAAAAAAAAAGAAAAAAGAAAUGAAAAGAAAUUAAAUGUAUUGAAAGUUUGAAACAAAUAAAAGGCAAG